GCUGCACAUUGUGACCGAUAGUCAGGUGGGCGGGGUGAAACGCCUGGAUUAAACCUAUUCAAGAGAAUCACUGCAGUAAGAACCACAUUGGUGCGAGUUGGUUUGUUUUGUUCCCGAAGACCCGUUUGCGUUUAUUGUUGUGAUCCCAAAACAUCCAAGAGGAAAGUAUGUAUUGCAGGAACGUGUGCUGCCACCGCUGGACAUGUGAUGAGCGCUUGGACGGGAAAACUGUUAUCAUCACCGGAGCCAACACUGGCAUCGGUAGAGAGACCACCAGAGAUCUGGCGAGGAGAGGGGCAAGGGUCGUCAUGGCGUGCAGAGACAUGGAGAGGGCGGAAGAGUCCAAGGAAGAUAUUCUGGCAGACACCGGCAAUGAGAACAUCACCAUCCGUCGACUGGAUCUCUCCGACACCAAGUCCAUCAGAGCCUUCGCUGAGGUCACUAAUCGAGAGGAGAAGCAGGUGGACAUCCUCAUCAACAAUGCAGGCAUCAUGAUGUGUCCUUACUCUAAGACAACAGAUGGCUUUGAGAUGCAGCUGGGAGUCAACCAUCUGGGUCACUUCCUGUUGACCUACCUGCUCCUGGACCUGCUGAAGCGCUCGGCCCCGUCCCGGGUGGUGGUGGUGGCGUCGGUGGCCCACACCUGGACGGGUCUCAACCUGGAGGACAUCAACAGCGAGAGGAGCUACGACCCCAUGAAGGCCUACGGGCAGAGCAAGCUGGCCAACGUGCUCUUCGCCCGCUCCCUGGCCGCGCGCCUACAAGGUACCGGUGUGAGUGUGUUCUCUCUGCACCCUGGGGUGGUGCAGUCGGACCUGUGGCGACAUCAGCACCGCUGCAUCCAGGUGGCGGUGAAGCUCUUUGGCUGGUUCACCAAGACCCCCCUGGAGGGGGCCCAGACCACGCUGUACUGUGCCCUGGAGCCAGGCCUGGAGGGCCAGAGCGGGGGCUACUUCAGUGACUGUGCCCCUGGAAGGCGCUCCAGGCAAGCUGUGGAUGAUGACUUGGGCCAGAAGCUGUGGGAGAUCAGCUGCAGCAUGCUCGCCCUCACCUGGGAGUAAACACCAGCUCUGGCUCCCUUCCUGGAAGAAGAGUAGAAACAGCUUCAAUGACACCAGGACCAAGAAGAAAGUGGCAUUCAUGUUUUUUGGGGGGUUUGGAUGGAAGGUUGAAGAAGAAGGUGUGUGUGCAUAAUAUAUAUAUAUAUGCUAUACCAAUGUUUUUAUAUAUAUAAUGUAUGGCAUCGAAAGAUAUAGAUAUUUUAAAUGUUACAAAUAAAUAACAUUUAUUUAUGUCAACAUAAAUAAAUUUAGCUCGUACAUCUGUACAUCCCCCCAUUCUAAAAAAAAAUAUUCACACCUAAGCACGAUUUAUUUAUUCACAUGUACUAGAUAAAAAAAUACACACAUUUUAAUGCACUGAGUUGUUCUUGUAAGACUUAGUCUCUGUAUUGUGAUUCCAGACAUCUGGUCUAGGUACAUAUCAUAUACAUCUGUAUGUUUUUAUAUAGAAAUAAAGACAAAUUUUAACAGCAUCA